AGCGAGCGCGGGCCACUGGGGGAAGUUGUGCAGGGUCAAUAACACGCACAUACACGCACGGACGCACACGCAGGGGAUCUGCAAAUCACGCACACGCGCUCGGUCGGGCAACAAGUCGUGUGCGCAACUUCCAAACAGUCGGGUUUGGUUGGCUUUUUGUGUUGGUUUAGCAACUUUUGGGGGAGUUAGUCGCUGCAAAGAUGACCACAGCCGUGGUGUCGCCUUUCUUCGACUUCGAAGCAAUCAAUAAGAACAAUAAACUGCUGAGCUACAACGGCAACCUGGCGGCCCCACAUGGCCACGUCUCCGGCGCCCUGCUGGACAGGAAGGCGGUGGGCUCGCCGGGGGUGUACCAGCGACGACACUCUGUCAGCAGCGGCAGCGCAAAGUUUAACCAGAACCAGUUCCUCAACAGCCUGAAGGUGGCCGAGCACUCGCCGCUCAUCACGGGGCUCAGCGGUGGCAACAAGGAGAACCACCUGCGGCUGCGCGACCGGUCUUUCUCCGAGACGGGCGAGCGGCUCCUGCAUAAGUGCCUGGGCCCGGCCAGUCCCACAGGCAGCCAGGUGAACUCCAGCCGCUACAAGACGGAGCUGUGCCGGCCCUUCGAGGAGAACGGCGCGUGCAAGUACGGCGACAAGUGCCAGUUUGCGCACGGCAUCCACGAACUGCGCAGCCUGAGCCGCCACCCCAAGUACAAGACGGAGCUGUGCCGCACCUUCCACACCAUCGGCUUCUGCCCCUACGGGCCCCGUUGCCAUUUCAUCCACAACGCCGACGAGCGCCGCGGGCCGCCGCUCAAGUCCAGCAACGGCUCGUCGCCAUCGACCUGCUCCUCCUCCUCGUCUUCCUCGGGCGAGAUGGAGCGGCCCCGGCUGCAGCACAGCUACAGUUUCGCGGGCUUUCCUAGCUCGGCGGGGCUCCGCGACAGUCCGACAUCCGUCACCCCGCCGCCCAUCUUCUUCCCUGACGACGUGUCCGACUGGCCCAGUAGCAACCCCUUCACCUACUCCAGCCAGGAGCUGGCCAACCUGUUCGGCCCCAGCUUGGGUGGCGUCCCCCUGGCCCCCGAGGCCAGCAACGGGGCACCCCCUUCCCCCACCAACGGGCCUUACUACUUCCGACCCAUGCUGGAGUCGCCCCAGAUGUUUGAGUCCCCGUCCAGCCCGCAGGACUCCCUCUCGGACCAGGAGGGCUACCAGAGCAGCUCCGGCGGCAGCCUGAGCGGCUCCGAGUCACCCACGCUCGACACCACCCGUCGACUCCCCAUCUUCAGCCGCCUCUCCAUCUCUGACGACUAGACGGCACGCCUCAUCUUGCCCCUUUAUAUUUUUUGACACGAGGAAACCGGGACUUAAGGCCCCAGGCGACGCCAUUUCCUUGGUGUCGCUCCGCCGCAAGGAUGAAGUUAGUCAAGACAGGAUCCCCCCGCUUCAACGUUUGCCUCCUUACACACCGGCCAUCGAGGCUGUCUUUUUCCUGCCUUUUUAACGGCUUGCUGUCCUGUGUGUAAGGUAUGCGGGACGGGGGGUUUGAAGUUGCCCCGGGAAUUUCGGAAUUCACAGGCGGAACGCAGUCAGCCGCGACAGGGGGUGGGAAGUUAAACACCCGAGACUCGCGCCCCAAAACAUUUUCAUCAUUUUACUCUGACAAUCUACGAUCCAGGAAAAAUUGGCCCCAGGCCUCAGUUUGGGGAAGCCUUAAAGCACACCAAUCAACCAAGUUUGGGCCCCUGAAACACAACAAACCAUUUGAGACCCCAGAGAUUCAUUUUGAACACCCUCGACUUCAGUUUGGGAGAUCUAGUGACUUACGACCCAUUUUGGUAGCCUCCUUCAAUUUGGAAAACAAAGCCCCCCCAUAGGUAAAUCAAGAAUAAUUUUUAGAAAACCAGCGAACUCCCAAAAAAAUAACCAUUACAAACCAAUUCCAGCUCCCCGAGCCUCAGUUUGGAAACCCCCAAAAGGUUAAGGACCGUCAACAAAUCAUUUCAUUCCUGCUUAUCUCCACACAGCCAGUUUGAGGGGAGUAAAGAAAAAAAGUGCCCUGCCAUGUGUCACUGUGCCAAAUAAAUUUAGCAAAAAACACCUGAAAGGAAUUGAGCCGAAAAUCAUGAGAUUUAACUCCUCGAUAUUUUUUGUUCCUCUUCCGCCACCUUUUUUUUGAAUAUUUUUUGCUCUUGAAUGUGUAGCAGCACAAGUGGCCUUGGGAAACAAAACCGGGGGACUGUAUUGCACUAGCCACCCCCCUCCCUCCCCCUAUCACACCACCUAAAUAACAGAACAAACAAAAAAACACACAACCCUGAAUAGUUGUUAAAAAAGAAUCAAUACAAAGGAAAAGUGCCUCGGGGACAGGGUUUGUGUGUUUUGCGUGGGGGUGAAUGGACUACUGUGCUUAUGUAAUUGUGAUGUAGGGUGAGUCUGCAGGAAGGACUUUUGAACUGGAAGUUGGUCUCCACCCACCCUCACCCCCGCCCCUCCCUCCCCCUUUUUUUCUCAUCCUGUUGCUGGUCACUGGCUUUUUUUUCCUUUAUCUUUAUUAAGCUGAUCAUCAUUUGCCACCUCACUUGACAAGAUCUCCAAGCUCUCUUUUCUUCCUUUUGAUAAUUAUUUUUUAUUAAUGUUAUUAUUAUGGUUAUUAUUAUUAUUAUUAUUUGAGAACUUUCCAAACCGAAGGUUGUUUUUUUUUUUUUGCUUGUCACUGCUUAUUUAACUUAUCAGAACAUAUUUAUUGGUGAUCAUAUGCGUUUUUUUCCUUGUUUUUUGUUUAAUUUUUGUAUUUAUCUGGAUAAUGAACAAUAGAAUAUAUUUUCUUUUAUGUUAAAUUAUGAUCUUCCAUAUUAAUCUAAAGAUUGUGAAGACAUUUUGUCGGUUUUGUUUUUUUCUUUUGUUUUCUCCACAGUUUAAUAUAUUGUACUUCUUCUGCAACAACACUUUUUUGUUUUUUGGUCAAAAUAAGUUUAAACUGCGACAAGGAAAAAAAUGCCGUUUUGAUUAUUUAUUUUACGUCUUCCCUUGUAACUGCAUUUCCACCGGAAUAAAUCCAUAGAAUUUUUUUUUCCCCAACCCACACACGUUUAGAGUGCUUUCGAGAAGUAACUCGGGUGCUUUUCAGAGUUUUUGGCUUUGUUUUAUGUUUUGUUUUUUGGGGGUAACGUUCCUCCUCUUCACCCAGUCUGCUGUGACCAAAUAGCAUGAGGGAGAUUGAGUUCAAGUGCCUCGUUUGCGUACAUUCCAGGUAGCUAAGGACGGUGGAGGACUUGUUUUUUUUCCCCAUUGCCUUCACACAUUUUGUGGAAAAAAACAAGUUUGAUGUUGCCUUCACGUUUUGUAAAGAAAAGCAGAUUUGGGGGGCAAAACAAAGUUAAAUGACAAAAAAUGUUGAAUGUAAUUUUUUCCAGCCAUGUUUGUCACUACAGUCCUGUGCUGUCGCCUGUUUCUUUUUUGUAAAGUAUUGAUUGCAGUUCAAAGUCAAUAAACCCCGUAAUUUUUGGAAAAAUUUGAAAGGGUGUGGUAGCGUUGUUUUGGAAUGCUGAAAAUGGAAUUUCCCCGUGUGGGACAAAUAAAGCAAGAUCUUAAAAAUGA